GGUUCGUGGGCGGGGCCUGGGGCGGGGCCCAGAGCGGCUGCGCGGCCGGAGGAGGUGAGGGAGACGUAGGAGCGAGAGAGGCCCGGCCGUUAACAGUGUGCUUCAGAACUAGGAAAAACAGCGAGGAAUGGCUGUGGAAGAACUUCAAUCCAUAAUAGAGAGAUGUCAAAUCCUAGAAGAGCAAGACUUCAAAGAAGAAGAUUUUGGCCUAUUUCAGUUAGCAGGCCAAAGAUGCAUAGAUGAAGGGCACAUAGACCAGCUAUUAGAAGUUAUUCAAAAUGAAAAGAAUAAGGUCAUCAUCAAGAACAUGGGCUGGAAUCUUAUUGGUCCUGUUGUUCGAUGCCUUUUGUGGAAUAAUAAGGAAGAUGAUAAGAGAAAAUAUUUUUUGAUGCUUGAUUUAUUGGUAAAGUUAUGUAAUCCAAAGGAAUUAUUGUUGGGUUUGCUUGAACUGAUUGAAGAGCCCUCUGGAAAACAGAUAUCCCAAAUUAUUCUUCUUUUACUUCAGCCAUUACAAACAGUGAUACAGAAACUUCACAGCAACAAGUCAUAUUCAGUUGGAUUAGCAUUGUCUACCAUUUGGAGUCAGCUAUCUCUUCUUCCUGUUCCGUACUCAAAAGAACAAAUACAAACAGAUGACUAUGGCCUUUGUCGGUGUUGCAAGGCCUUAAUAGAGUUCACAAAGCCUUUUGUGAAAGAAGCCACUGAUGACAAAGAAAACUCACUAGAAAAUCAAAGGUUAAAGGAUGAAUUACUGAAAUUUUGUUUCAAAAGCUUGAAAUGCCCUUUGCUGACAGCACAAUUCCUUGAGCAGUCUGAAGAAGCUGAAAAUGAUCCUUUAAGGUCUUUUGCAUCUGAAAUAAUAGGUUUUUUAUCAGCAAUUGGGUACCCUUUCCCCAAAAUGAUUUUUAAUCAUGGAAAGAAAAAGAAGACUUGGGAUUAUCUUGAAUUUGAAGAAGAAGAAGACAAACAAUUAGCAGACUCUCUGGCUUCCCUGGCAUAUUUAGUAUUUGUACAGGGCAUCAGCAUUGAUCAGCUGCCAAUGGUCUUAAGCCCAUCGUACCUUUUGCAAUUUAAUAUGGGGCAUAUUGAAGUCUUUCUGCAAAGAACAGAAGAGUCUGUUUUCUCCAAAGGACUGGAUCUGUUGGAGAAUAGUUUGUUGAGAAUGGAAGACAAUAGUCUACUUCACCAGUACUUAGAAAUCAAGAGUUUUCUUACUGUUCCUCAGGGCCUAGUCAAAGUAAUGACGCUUUGCCCUGAUGAGACAUUGAGGAAAAAGGGUUUAGCUAUGCUUCAGCUAUAUAUUAACAAGUUGGAUUCUCAAGGCAAAUAUACAUUGUUUAGGUGCUUAUUGAAUACAAGUAAUCACUCAGGUGUGGAGGCCUUCAUUAUUCAGAAUAUCAAAAAUCAAAUUGACAUGUCAUUAAAGAGAACACAUAACAACAAAUGGUUUACAGGACCACAGCUAAUUUCCCUUCUAGAUUUGGUACUCUUUCUCCCAGAAGGUGCUGAAACAGAUCUACUGCAAAACUCAGAUAGGAUAAUGGCUUCAUUAAACUUAUUGAGGUAUUUGGUUAUCAAAGAUAAUGAAAAUGACAAUCAAGUAAGUGAAUUUUUUGAAAAAGAAACUACUGGAUUAUGGACAGAACUUGGAAAGAUUGAGAAUAAUUUCUUAAAGCCACUCCAUACAGGACUUAAUAUGUCAAAAGCACAUUAUGAAGCAGAAAUUAAAAAUAGCCAAGAAAAUAGCCAAGAAGUCGAGAGGUCUAAAGAUUUUUGUUCUGUAACCGUAGGUGGAGAAGAGAUGCCUAAGAUGCCUCCCGAAAUGCAGCUUAAGGUCCUACAUUCAGCACUUUUCACAUUUGAUUUGAUUGAAAGUGUUCUGGCUCGAGUAGAAGAACUCAUUGAAAUAAAAACAAAGUCUACCUCUGAAGAAAAUACUGGGAUAAAGUGAACGCUCCAUCUCUUAAAUAAAAAUUAGUAAAAUACUGUUUUUCAUUAUGAUUUAAUACCUUCACAAAAAUUUUUCUGUAAAACCAAUAGAAAAAAACACGCCAAUAGAAAAAUAAAUGUAGCUUUUCUCAUCUGUUUCUGUAAUGACACAUGGAUGAAUAGUAUUUGGUUUCAAAAAGAUAAUCUCCAUGACAAAGAAUGCCCAUAUAUAAUAAAUACUAUUGUUAAAAUUCAAUACAAAUUAAUAAUUUUGUAUUAUAAGUUUAUAAAAUGUAGUUGAAUUGCCUUCAUUCGUAUAGUUAUAAUGAGUUUAUAAAAAUGCUGAUGCACUUUAUGUUCCAGUUUGAAGCUGUGUUACAUUUUAGAAUUCCUAGUGAUAAACUGAAUAUCACUCCAAUUUUUUGUGAACAUUAAAGGAAUUAUUCAACAAAACUCUUGAAAAUAAAAUCACUUUUAUAACUGUA